GGUUUAGCUGGACAAGGGACACCACCCUGUCAUCAGCUCUCAGUACCCGGGCGCACACAGUCCCGUUCAUAGUUCUAACACCAGUGCGGUCUUUCCCCUUGUUUCCCUCAAGGGGUUGCGGUUCUCUAGGAGGAUAUACGGAUAGCUGGUCUACGCUUGAGGGAUAAGCAGCGAAAUAUAUGGAUUAUUUCUGAUGUGGUUUGCAGUGAUGGCAGGUGCCUCAUAGUAACUCGCUGGCAGGGCAGUAGAGGAUCGCCGCUGCAGUACCUACGAAUGUCUGGUGCCGGACCGCCUCCUGUUCAUUCGCAUCCAAGAAGGUGUUCCCGUCGUCACCUACCAUGCCGCCCUCCCUCCAUCUCCUCCUCCUCGUUUCCUCCAUCUUCCUUACAGGAGCAUGCGGAACGGUGCUGGGAAAACCUGAGAUCUUCCCUAACCAAGAUGAGUUGAUACUGGAGGCGGGCGAGUCCCUUAACCUCACGUGCCGCGCUGCUCACCCUGUCGCCUGGUGCACAGAUCAUAAAUUCACCACAGAACACUACGAGGAGCUGUACGAUAAAACGGACAACAAAGCAUUCAUCAGCACCCUCACGAUCGACGCAGUAAAUACAUCCCACGUUGGUUAUUUCUCCUGCGUCUUCAACACCAGUGAGAAUAGGGAGAACAAUAACUGCGAUGUCAACGACCCAGCCAUCACCUCCCUCUACCUGUAUGUCAAAGACCUGGAGAAUCUGAUGGUGACGUUUCAAAACGGCAUAGUGCUGCACACGCCGGUCAGGGAGUCUGUCGUCCUUCCUUGCAGGUCCACCUUUCCUCAAGUGAAUAUGACUCUUACCAAGAACUACGAGCCCUACGGAUGCGAGGAAUGGGAGCAAUGUAACUACGACCCGCGGGAAGGCUUCACGGUCUGGAUCGAUGAGAUAUAUACCUACUUCACCUGCAUAGCGGUGUACGACGACCACGAGUCGUAUACGUAUGAGGUUGUCGUCCGCGGCAAAGAGAAUUUAACCAAGAAGCCUAACCAGCCCACGGUGGAUGUGGAGGGCGCUUGGCAAGAGGAUGGACUGGAGGACACCGUUGUGUACUACGUGAGGGAAGGCACCAGUGUUAACCUGACCUGCAUCUACCAAUUUAAAGAAGUACCCUUAUCAAUGAAACUUGAGUGGAGUGACAGUUCAUCAAACAAGAGCGGCACUCACAGAAUCAUAAGGCAAGUCAGCAACGUGUCACAAUACAAGGGCCGCUACUAUGAGAUCAACAAUGCUACCCUGCAGGACUCCGGGAUAUAUUCGUGUCAGGCAAAGAACCAUCAACGGUAUUCUGAUCCUUCACGACUGAAUAUCAGCGUCGUAGCUACGGAUGCCACCUACCUCACCACCACCAUCUUCGACCGUAACGUGACGGAGCUGGUGGAGGAGAACCAUCCAGUCCAGUGGGAGAUCCUCUUCAUAGCACACCCAGAACCAGUCUUUCAGUGGAAGAAACAAGGAAAACUGCUGCUGGACUCGAGAAUGAAAACAUCACGAGAGCAGUUCAGGAAUUACGAGAUGAAGGUCACGGUGGAGGAGGCGUCACUGUCACUCUUCUUGCACCACCCGACACUGGCUGACAACGGGAAGUACACUCUGGAAGCGUUUCUACCCAACACUAACAUCACCACCACCACCACCAUGUUCCUCAUGAUACCAGGCAAGCCUCAAAAUGUGCAGAUCAAAAGUCCAAACGACAGGCAGAUGUUCAAGGAGGGUGAGAACUUUAGCCUCACAUGUUCAGCGGAAGGAUACCCGAAGCCCAACCUCACACUCCACUUCGUCCCUGAGAAUGACACCAACCUGGCCCAUACUAAGGACGGUCGCGAGUACAAUCAGCUGAAGAAAGGGAGAGGCAUGGGCGAGGACGACCACAACGACAUGGUCAAGCGAAGCGUCCACUGGAUCGGUGUGGCUGAAGAGCCUGGAUGGUACCAGUGCAGGGCGGAAAAUGAUCUGGGACAAGACUACUCUUCCCGUAAGCUGUUCCAGGUGACAGACGGUGAGUCUAUGUUGCCCAUUUCGUUGAGGUUGGAAAUCGGUGGCGAGGUGAAGGGCGUGGUGGGCAAGACAGUCACUGUAGUCGAGGGAGACGACUUCAAGCUCACCUGUCGGGCCAACAAGGUGUCGGCUAAAGCACCUCUCACCUGGGCUCUGAACGACAUCCCUCUAGAUCAAGCUACGAUGAAAAAAUGGGGCAUGACGGUCAACGAGAGCAAGACCCGCCUGUCCCUUGUGUCGACGGUGAGGGCAACAAGCCUCCAUCGCAACGCGGACAAGUUCUCCAUAAAGUGCGCAGAUCUGGCUCACAACCACACUGACCUCAUCAUCAGUGUGCAAGAGAUGGUCGAGCCGGCGUGGAUAGGAAAGCCUCCGGGGAGGGACUACGACAAAAACAAGAAUGACAAAUUGACACUGAGCUGUCCAGCUGACGGCACUCCUCGUCCGAAAGUCACCUGGAAAAAGGAAGGAGAGCCAGUAGAGGAGAAUAACCGGCGAAAGAUAAGAAAUCAUGACCAACUCUUCUUUGAAAUACUGUCGUCUUCAGACGCUGGGAAGUACACGUGCGAGAUCAGCAACAGAGCGGGAAAUCUGUCAGCCUCCUUCAAUGUGACCGUGCGGGAUCCAGACGACGAGAAGACAGUGUUAAUUCUGGCCAUAGUGGGAGUGCUCAUCGUGGCUUUGGUGGUGAUGAGCGUGUUUCUCUGCAGGAAAAUCUACCAGGCCAGGAAAGAGACACUGAACCUACAACUUCGCGAGCAGAGGAUGUUUAUAGAGGGAGACCCGAGCAGUCUUAACCCUGACAUUCCGCUAGAGCAACAAGCUGAGCUGCUGCCCUACAACACCAAGUACGAGGUGUCCAGGGACUCCAUCAUCUUUGACAAGCUGCUUGGGACAGGGGCAUUCGGGAGGGUGUACCGCGCCACGGCGCUCAACCUUCGGCCCGGCGAGACCCACACCACUGUGGCUGUCAAGAUGAUGAAGUCCCGCACUGACUGCUCACAACUCAAGGCUCUGCGCUCCGAGGUGAAGAUCAUGAUCCACAUUGGAAGGCACGCCAAUAUCGUCAAUCUCCUUGGUGCCUGUUCCAAGGAUCUCGCCUCCAAAGGGGAGCUGCUGCUGCUGGUGGAAUACUGCAAGCACGGCAACAUCCUCGACUACAUGCGCCGCCAUCGCCGCGAUUUCGUGAACCAGAUCAACACUGAAGACAAGAUCGACCCGAAUUUCCGUGAGCCGCGACCCAGACACAGAAGUGACUCCAGCUCAAGGAGCCACACUUCUCAUGGUCUCAAGUACACACAUCUCAACUUUCAUCAAGACAACGUGUUCUAUGGCACCACUCAGACUUCUGACGGACCCCCGGCCACAUCCACAAACCUUCUGUCCCCUUGUAAUACUGACGGCGACGCUGGCUGUCGCCCAUUCCGAGCCAGGACGGUGUCGGCUUCCUCCAGCAGCCACCACGUGGCCUCUGACAACAGCUUUCUUCCAUGCGAGACCAGUUCCGGCACGUCAGACGGCUACCUCAGUGCUCAGUCCUUGAAUGGUACUCAUGUACUUUGCUCCACUAACCUGCUUGAGUGGGCCUACCAGAUCGCCAAAGGAAUGGAGUACCUGGCAUUCAAGAAGGUGUUGCACGGCGACUUGGCUGCGAGGAACGUACUGUUAAAUGAAAACAACGUCGUCAAAAUCAGCGACUUUGGACUUGCGAAGGACAUCUACAAGAACAAUAAUUACAAGAAAGUUACCAAUGGUCCCGUGCCUGUCAAGUGGCUGGCUGUGGAGUGUCUGCGGGACGGGGUGUUCUCCACGCAGAGUGACGUUUGGUCCUUUGGCGUGGUUCUGUGGGAGAUCUUCAGCCUCGGACAGAUCCCGUACUCGUGUAGCGAGUUUGACGAAAGCUUCAUCCUUAAGUUGGAGAAAGGCGUCCGUCUUGAACAACCCCGCUACGCAACCUACGGCCUGUACCGCCUGAUGCUGGAAUGCUGGAACACCGAUCCUAUGGAAAGGCCUUCCUUCACCACCCUGGAGGCCAGCCUGGGAGACAUGCUGGGAGAGGUGCAAAGACAAAACUAUCUACAGCUCAAUGAGCCCUAUGAGGAGAAUGCUACAAGUGAGUUUCUGGACUUACUCGCAAGUCAAGACUACUCAGCCAAGAUGCGCCAGACCACCCCGCUACCUACCGAGGAUGGCUACGAGACGCCUUUCAGUCCCGGUGUGGCGCCCUACCUGACGGUGCAGGGCGACCGCCUCUCCACACCCACCCGUCUCACAAACCGACAGAAAGAGUACUUUCGCUCUGCGGAAGGCGAAGACUCCGCCAGUUCUUAUGUGCCCAUGUCCGCUGACCGCACUGACACCAACACCGUAUUCGAUUUUGACGACAAGACAGUGGCGUGCUUCAUGAGCCGGCCUGAGAAAGAGGAAUACGGCAACCAAGACCUCUACCUCAAGAUGGACAAGCAUUCUCCGGAGCCCGACACCCCAGAUGGCAUGCACGAAAGACGUCAAUGUUCUCCACGCCGCACCGUUCUCAAGAGCGUUUCAUCACAGGGAUCCCAAAAUGGUCGACACCGACAACUGACCAAACACGACAGUGGCGUGUACAGCCCCACCGUGCUGGCACACACCAAUCCAGAAUACUUGGUUAUGAGCACCCUGCUGUCGACCGACGACCACAACUACAUUGACACAGAGGCCAGCGAAGCCAAUAGCCGUGUAUACGCCAACCUAGGCACCGGCAACUCUGUUAAGGCGCGUCAAUACAUAGGUGACAGCAAAUGCAUCGCUGAAUACGCCAAUCUCAUCCCACAGGACUCGGGAUGUGACCGUGCUGAAUCAGACUCCUCAAGUGGAGUGGACUCUGUAGAAGAAAGCAGUCUGCCUCGAGGGACAGAGAUAGAAAAAUUCAAUGUCCCGCCCAUCCCAGAGGAGGCGAUGGUUGUGUAACAGAUUGCGGGAAGCAGAUGUUUUCCUGUACUAACUUGUGUUCGAUAUCCUUAUUUCCUUUGUGUGUGUGUGUGUGUGUGUGUGUGUGUGUGUGUGUGUGUGUGUGUGUGUGUGUGUGUGUGUGUGUGUGUGUGUUUCUGAGAGAAGAGUGUCGUUUUCACUUACUGUACGUAGAGUUUACAGAAGUAUCUUCAUUAGUGUAUAUUCUUUAUAAUGAUGAUGAUCACCACCGUCCCUCGCAUUAGUCGCGUUCGUGUAAGAUGUACAUACGUUUCAACCUUAUAGUCUCCGUGCACUGUCUCAAACCAUCCUUUCCUGUGUUUCCACCUCCACCCGCUCGUGUUCGCUUUGGUUUACCCGACUGUUACAAAUCACUCUUAUCUUAAUGGACCAAAAAGGGAGAGGAGAGAGAGAGAGAGAGAGAGAGAGAGAGAGAGAGAGAGAGAGAGAGAGAGAGAGAGAGAGAGAGAGAGAGAGAGAGAGAGAGAGAGAGGAGGGACAGACAAGCUGGCAGAAGCAAAGACAGACAAGACAGAAAAAUAUGGACGAACAAGUAAAAAGGAAAGAUACGAGAAAAGAAUAACUGAAGAUGAGAGACAAGGAAAAACCAAGAAGUCGUAGUCAGAAAACUUCUUUUAUGCACUCACUUGCACUCAUUUACAUUGUGUUUUGUGUUUUUCCUCAAACCUAAGUUGUCUGAUCUGAUGACAGCCUCCUUACAAAACCUGGAUAUUGAUAGGCUCUUCGUGGAUCAUAAGACUAAUGGAGGGAAAACGCUCAGCACAGUGGAAGUGAGUGCUUUGGAAUGCUCAACUUUUGACCGUGACUAUACUACGAUUACCUACGUGAUAUAUCCUACAGUAUAUUUCCCGUGUCGUUGUUCGGGAAGACUGUUGUUUAGAGGAACCUCCUAUCCAGUGUGUGUGGGCGUGUGCGUGCGUGUGUGUGUGUGUGUGUGUGUGUGUGUGUGUGUGUGUGUGUGUGUGUGUGUGUGUGUGUGUGUGUGUGUACGUAUUUACACUGCAGGUACCCAAGGGAUACUACCAACGUACGUACCAAGCGGUGCAGGACGGAGAGUAGGUGCCUGAGGCUUAGUACAAAUCAUAGAUUUUGAAUAGAAUCUAAGGUCUAAGGACAUUAUAGAUGUCGAUCUUCUUGCCAAACUGGUACGUUAAGUAGUGUUUUCUUUUAAGAACUUACUUCAGAACCAAGAGACAUAUCUGAUGGAUGUACUGUGUGUGUGUGUGUGUGUGUGUGUGUGUGUGUGUGUGUGUGUGUGUGUGUGUGUAAAGAAUUAUGAUUAUGUCGUAAAGGAUAUCUAGUGUGUAAUAUUAAGAAUAUCAGUGUACAAGGUUUUUUCCCAUAGUUUUGUAUGGAAAACGCUCACUGGCUACAAAUUCAGCACAAUGAAUUCGUACACUUAUUCGCUCACUCUCGCGAUCUAUAAACUUUUCUCUGCCUACACGCUGACGAUCUUAGGUUGCCUGAAAAUUUGUACAUGAAAAAGGAAAGCAGCAGAUAAAAAACAAAUGAGGAAAACUAAGUGACAGGAUGAGGAGGAAGCGGGAGAUAUGACAGGAGUGUGUGUUGUCCCUUAGACCUAUUUUGUCUACAUGGGGAAACAGUGAACACGGGUAUUGAAGAAAAAGGACUAAGAAAAUUUUGAAAAAGACAGAAUGUGUAUGGCAAUCAAAAAAUAAAUAAAUAAAUAAAAGAUUCAAAUGUGAUAAAAACAUUAAAGACAGAAGAAUAACUAAGUGAGCAGGUUUUGUUACAUGGGAAUUCGGACGGCCAAAGACAAAGAUGUGGCAAUGAACUCAAGGACAAUGAAAAAGUCUCUCGACAAAACUAUAUCGAUAGGGAGUAAAAAAAAAAAAAAGGAAAAAGAAAGAAAAAGAGAAGGAGGAUGGGAUGAUGAAAACAUGUGUGGCUCUGCAAUGUUAGACUGUAAGGCGUGGCCCAUCAAGUAAGGCUGUGGUCAUGAUUGGAAGCAGCGGCGAGGUGGUUCUGAACAAGAGUAUAGUAAUUUGAACACGUUAACCGGAACUCUAAGGACAAGUGUUGAUUGAGAAAGGGAAGAUAAAAGAGUUUGAGUUUGACAGGAAAAAUAGAAGGAGGAAAGAAGAGCUCACGGCAGACCAAGGAAACAGUGGUAUAUGAAGUGAAUUUUAAGUCAAGCGAAGCAAAUUACCAUGUACUAUGCAUAAAGACUUAUGUGCUAUUUUAUGUCUGUCACUGUGAAUGUAUUUAUAAAUUUAUGCCUUUCUGAUGUGCUGUACUGUAAAUGUUCAGACAAAAAUAGAGAUGCGAGUAAUAAGAAAGACCAGGUAACAAGAAUGUCUCCAGAGAAGUAUUCAGAUAACAGUGUGUGUGUGUGUGUGUGUGUGUGUGUGUGUGUGUGUUUGUGUGUGUGUGUGUGUGUGUGUGUGUGUGUGUGUGUGUGUGGUGAUAGUGCCUGGCUAAUUCACUUGGUGCAGUGGUGUGGGGUCACUUCUUGUUACUCCUUUGGUCUUGAUGCUGUAUCUAUGCGAUUAAUGUUUGUAUUUAUAUUGCGUUAUAAAGUGCAUUGUAGUAAACAAGUCUACAUUUUAAAGAUGUUAAAGUGAGUUGAAGGGGAAGAAUUCCUGAGGCACAUGUGAUUGUUGUGAAGAGAGUGUGAAGGCUUGUGUUUGCCGGUGAGCCUUUCUGUAGAGCUUUUGUGUUGGAAUUCAAAGAAAAGGAGUCAAGAGGAGUAAUUCGUGUAUAUUUUAUAUGUUUGUAUAAACUAAACUAUGCUAUAAUAAAGAGACUAGCUGUCAAAGUGUUCA